CGAAUUUUAUGGGUCUCAUGUGCAGGCAUGCUCCCGGCAUACGCGUGGCGUGUCCAACGUUUCUUCUAUAUUGUCAAUGGCGUCGCUUGAUCGCCGCCCACACACGCCUGAAUAAUUUCCGUUUCUUUAGCAGACGCAGAGGCGCUCUUUUUCCUUCUUCGUCUUGGCAUUGAUCGUCCUCCUGCCCGUUUCACAUGUCACGGGUGAUAGAUGUCACAAAUGCUUACUCCCCCCCGCGUUUGUUUCAUUUCGAGGGCUUCGCCUGCCCGAUUUCCCACGUCUCGGGCUUCCCGCUUCACCCUGCGGCCGUCCGAACACGCGUCUAGAUCGUCUUUUCAUCGCCUUUUGCCAGCUCAGGGGUUCGGUUAAGAUUGUGGAGCCUUGGCAUGGAUCGAGGCGCUUGCUUCUUGCCAUUCCCUCCGCGGGAUCGUACUUGAUGCAAGUUGCAUACAUAAAUAGAGACGGACGCGCACCUUGGAUUGUCUCGUUGGAAACAACUCUUCCCAAGGCCGUGUGGGACCAGAAAAUUCAAAGGCUUCCUUGUUGAAAGCAUAUACGAUCGUUACCAAAAAAAAAUGGCUUCACACUCGGCCAUCAUCACCAGGCUGCUAGUCCUCAUUCUAGCAAUCACAGUCAGGCAAACAGCGGCCGUCAAUGGCAAGGCCUCCCACUACGGUGGGAACCUGUCUGGAGGCAACUGCAUGCUCACGUCCUACACGAUCCCGGCCGGCACAUUUGGCACAGCCAUCGCAAUCUCCAACUAUGACAACUCGAACAUGUGUGGCGUCUGCCUCAACGUCAAGGGGCCGAGUGGCAGCAUGAAGGUCAUGGUCGUUGACAGUUGCCCGGAUUGCCCACCUAACAAGCUCGACCUCUUUGAGAAUGGCUUUAGCAACAUUGGGGAUUUCAACGCGGGCAUCGUCGAUGUCGAUUGGGAAGUCACACCUUGCGAUAUCACGGAGCCACUCCAAGUGCGAAACAAGGACGGCACAUCCAAGUACUGGUUCUCAAUGCAAGUGUUGAACAGCAACCAGCAAGUCCAGUCGCUCGAGGUCAGCACCGACGGCGGGGCGACCUGGCAAGGCACGACGCGGCGCCCCUACAACUUUUUCGAAAAGACCAGCGGCGGCGGCUUCGGCGCCGACUCUCUCACCGUCCGUGUCACCUGUGCGGGCGGUGGCCAGGUGACGAUGCAAAACGUCGGCGUCGCUGGCGGUUCCAGCUUUACGGCCUCGGGCAACUGUUAGACAGAUUUCGGCAAAGCACCGAGGGGUAACUGCAAAAAGAGCAGAGGCAGGACUUCGAGCAGCGAAAUCAGAUUGCCCUGGGCCUGCUAGACGGGCUGCUUUUGAACACAUAGCAUGACAAUGAAUACAA